UGUAUUGGGACCAGUGUUUGUGCUAAAAGACAUGGUGAUUGGCUGAGAAGGGCCCGCCCUCUGCUCUUUAUAGCUGCCACUCACCUGCAGGAGUAAAAGCAGCACGCUCAUACAGUCUCCGUUCAGCUCGGAGCCCUAGACUGCCUGAUUAACAGAACUCUUUGCUUUGCCUACGAUCUACCUUCUUCAUAUUAGCCAUGGAGCGGGUGGAGUUGAAGAAAGUGUGCACUGAGGCGGAUGAUGACAGCAACGACAGCCUUGACGAGCGCUACUCCGGGCCUGGCAACUCUGAGAAGGCCACCAUGAACAGUCAGUAUCUUGAUGAAGAUGAUGCAGAGAGUCAGAAGUUUCUCGCUAAUGGGAUAAUGAAGAAGAAGAAGUUUGAGGAGUAUCAUGAAGAAUAUCACCCAGGUCAUGCCUCAUUUGGCAUGUCUGUGUUUAACCUAAGUAAUGCGAUCAUGGGAAGUGGGAUCCUGGGCCUCUCAUUUGCGAUGGCCAACACGGGAAUCAUCCUCUUUUUUGUUCUCCUCUUUGCCGUUGCUAUUCUGUCACUCUACUCUAUUCACCUACUGCUUGUAACAGCUAAAGAAGGAGGCUCCCUUAUAUAUGAAAAACUGGGUGAAAGGGCGUUCGGGUGGCCGGGGAAAAUGGCAGCGUUUGGGUCUAUAAUCAUGCAGAAUAUUGGAGCCAUGUCCAGCUACCUGUUCAUAGUGAAAUACGAGCUGCCGGAGGUUAUCCGAGCUUUUAUGGGACUAGAGGAGAUCUCUGGUGAGUGGUAUCUGAAUGGGAAUUACCUGGUGGUGUUCGUGUCUGUUGGAGUUAUUCUGCCCCUGGCCCUGCUGAAGAACCUGGGUUACCUGGGCUACACCAGCGGCUUCUCUCUCUCCUGUAUGGUCUUCUUUCUGGGCGUACUGAUUUAUAAGAAGACCCAGCUCCCAUGUCCCUUGCCGUUCUUCCACCACUCGGCUAACAUGAGUCUAAACGGUUCAGAGCUGAUGAAUCCCUAUGCGUUGCAUAACCACUCGGCUCUGAUGGAGUUUUCUCGAGCAGACGUGAGCAGCAGUCCCCUGGACCCCCAUUCUUCUGCUUUACCUGCAUCUGGCAUCCAUUACAGCCCUCAUGCGGACGACUACAAGGACAUGUGCACACCUAAAUACUUUGUGUUCAACUCUCAGACUGCAUACACGAUUCCUAUCCUGGCUUUUGCCUUUGUGUGUCACCCGGAAGUCCUUCCCAUUUACAGUGAACUCAAAGAUCGCACUCGAAAGAAAAUGCAAAGUGUUUCGAACCUGUCGAUUCUGGCGAUGCUGAUCAUGUACAUGCUGUCAGCGCUGUUUGGGUACCUGACGUUCUACGAUAACGUGGAGGCAGAGUUGCUGCACACCUUUACCAAGGUUUAUAAGUUUGACACGAUGCUUCUGUGUGUGCGUCUCGCCGUGCUGACUGCCGUAACGCUCACCGUCCCCAUCGUCCUCUUCCCUAUUCGCUCUUCUAUCACCACACUGCUAUUUGCUGAGCGAGAAUUCAGCUGGAUCCGACAUAUCCUCAUUGCUGCCGCCAUCUUGGCUUUCAACAAUCUUCUUGUCAUCUUUGUCCCAACAAUCAGAGAUAUUUUCGGCUUUAUAGGCUCCUCUGCGGCAACCAUGCUCAUUUUCAUCCUCCCUGCUGCCUUCUACCUGCGCCUGGUGAAGAGCAUACCAUUCAGAUCCACCCAGAAGAUAUCAGCAGCCAUUUUCCUGAUCAUGGGCGUCAUCUUCAUGAUUGGCAGCUUGUCUCUCAUCAUUCUUGACUGGAUCCACAAUCCUCCCGGAACUGGAGGCGGCCAUUAAACCGAGGGUUUAUUCAGACUGAGUGUUGUUAUUGUUAAGCAUACGACGUGACCUACACGUUGCAGAAGACACCUUCUCAGCAUUGCAGCAUCACAGACAGAUAUUCAGCCAACGUGAUCUCUUUUUCUCUCUAGUCUUUAUUACGUUCUCCUCGUCACCCAUUAAUAUCUAGCACGCCGCACUCUUUGCGGAUCCAAACUCAAGGAGAACCGGAAAAGAGAGAGAAAGAGCCUCAACUGGCUGCCUCAGACACUGCAGAAAAAAAUGCCGCCAUGGUGCUUCAGGACAUCAUCGUCACGAUGGCUACAGAGCACCUUUAGAUUGCUUUUCAAGAUUUAUAUGUAUGUUCACAGACAGGCGCAAAUGACACCAAUACACAGGCUAGCUAGGUUUUCUUGUUUUUUUUUUGGGACGGAUUUCUCUUUCUGAAACAAAAAAGCUUUGCAUUGUCUUUCUUUUAUGUAAGUCAAACUUAGUCAUCUGAUCAAAUAAGUGUUAGUCGAUCUUUAACAAUGGUUUUAUUGUUUGCAUUGCAAGGGUAAUGGUCCUUCUUUUUUCUUCUUUUUUCCACUCUGAACCAAAAAAAAUUCCUCUCAAACGUUCACCUUUAAGAGGAUCGAUAUAGAUGGUGGUGGUGUAUGUUCCAUGACUCGGUGGAGUUUACUUCAGUUUGCUUUGACUGCGUUUACUCUGUAAUGCAUGAACAAAAGUUUGACACAUUAUCUCUAUGCAAAAUAAUAUUCGAUUUAAUUAUUCACUUUCAUCAAAUCUAACAUUAUGGCCUUGGGGAUCUUCUGCAUCAUUGAUAAAUACCGAGUGUGAAUCCUGAACAUCAGGCUCUGUUUUAGCUCUGAUAAUGUCACACCGUACAAGCGAGGCAUGGAAAUAGGACCGCUGGCUCACACUUUUUUUUUUUGGCUUUAAGGUGAAAUCCGAGAGCUCCAUGCCAGAACGAGUUUCCAGUUAUAUCAGCCUUAUGUGAACAGUAUCAGUAGUAGUAUUAAACAGGCACUUCAUUAAAGACUUCACUAAAGAUAUUGCUUAGUUAAAUACAGUCAGAAUAGACAAGAAGGACGGCUCAGCAUUUCACAUCGUACUGUACAGCAUGGCGAAGGCGAACGUCAUCCGCUUGUACCGCUCUACAGGAGGAAAUUUCUGAAUUGGUGGUAUUGCUGGUAGUGCUGUGCUGUAAAUCAGUGCACCUCAACAAAUUCCUUAUUCUGUUGUCCCACAAAAAAGUUUUAUCUUGGUUCAGUAAUAAUAACUUUUGAUUUUAUUAUGUCCAACAAACGACAUCUGGUUUUGUCUUUUGUUUGUUUGUGGGAUUUUUUUUUCCUUUCCCCCUUCGUUGUGCCAUGCCGCUGUAAAGGUUUAUUAGUCAUGUCAGAGUGGAACUGUGUCCUCAUCUGGUGCAGAGACCAACAGACAACAAACCGAACACUGCUGAUUUGACUGUAUUUUGUGCUGAUUUUUUUUUUGUGGACAGUAUUUAUAGAUCCUUUGUUGAUCUACAUAGACAUAGACAGAUAUUUCGAACGAAAUGGUAUAUUUUGUGCAUGUUUUGGAAUCAUGGUCUUUUUUGACAGUUGUAUAUUCUUUGUAAAUAAUCUGCUAGAAAAAAAACACUUCAUGAGCUUCUUCAGGGAAAUGAGGGAAAUCAUCUCAAGUGUUUACUGAUGACUUUUACUAUGAUGUAUUUUAGUUCUUUUUUUUUUAGUCAACUAACUUCUUCCUUUCUUUCUUUUAGAGCUUGCUUUGUAAAUUUUUGAGGAAGAAAAUAUUAGUGUAUUUCUGUUAUUUAGUGUCCUGCUUGGUAGUUUUUAUCAAUGAACAAAAUUUUUUUUUUCUUUCUUUUUAAAAAAGCUACUUGUUUGGUACAUAACAGAAGCAUGAACGGCUGUACUGCAUAUGGCUGAAGAUCAUCUCUUGCUCUUUCUUUAACUCCUUUUGUACAUUUUUGUACACCCUGUAAUGCCUUGAUUGUGGGGUCCAGUCCACCUGUAAAAUGGUGGAUAUACACGGAGUCUUUCCGCACUGUAAUUCAGCUGUAGUCACUUUGUCAGUGUUUUGUGCUCUUGUGUGCGUGCACGUGUAUGCGUGUGUGUCUGUAUCUGCGUGUGUGUGUGUGUGAUCAGUGUCUGAUGUCAGUGUCAUGCUGGAUGGGCUUUAGCUCUGUGCCUUGACUUUCCCUUCAGGUAUUUUUAAAGGAGUCCAGUUUCAUUUGUAUAGGGGUUCAGUACGGGUUUUCCCUAAUACCUCAGAACAACCUGUUUUCGGAUAUUUAUUGCUGAUAUACACUUUGCCGAUUUCCCGAUUGUGACACAAAGUACGAUCCUAGAAGCCCCUUCACAGAUGAAACUCAACCCCACAGCUAGAGCUCUAUUUGUCUCUCCAACUCUUCUACCUGAGUGCCAUCAGACCCACAAGAAGCGUUUGCUUGUCACUGGCCAAGCCGGCUCUGCUUCCUGUGGAUCAACUGUACGUGAUUUGCAUAUUUACCGUCAAGUUUUUUUUGUAUCAUUGAAGCUGUUUCAAUAAUAUGUAAUAUAAAAAUAAAAAAGACAAACUUC